UCCACCCGUCCGGCACUCGCCGCUCAGCCAGAGACAGUUCACACAGGAUACUGAAGGCACCGCCUGGCUGGAGCUGUACCAGACACGACCAUGAGCAAAAAGGAAGUCCAGAAGAAGCAGAGGCAGGUGCCGUACUACAACAUCAUUGAUGGUGUACCCCGAGGGCCAUACUGUGACCCGGAGUGCUUGCGCAACGCUCUCAAUUUCAAACCACGCGACGGUGACGUCAUUCUAGUGGCCUACCCGAAGUCGGGAUCACACUGGGUUCAACAAGUCAUCCUACUAACUCUCAACAAAGGCGAGUCCGCCACAGAUUACUACGACCACAUCGAGAAGGCCGCGUUCAUGGAGAUGAACGGGACGCCGGAACUACUUGACAAGAUGCCUUCGCCAAGAAUGAUGCGUACCAACCUCCCAAUCCUAAGUCGAAACUCAUGCCAUACAAACGCUAAGUAUGUCUACAUGGCAAGGAACCCAUGGGAUUGCUCCGUGUCAUUCUACCACCACGUCAAAGGGAUCGCAAAGUUCCGUUUCGAAAACGGAAGUUUCGAGGAUUUCCUUGACUGUUUUCUGGAGGGCAACUUUGGAUUCGGAGACUACUUCGACCACAUUAUGGCUGGCUACGAAAUGAGAAACGAGCCGAACGUGUUCUUUAGCACAUACGAACAAUUCAAACACGACACGCCUGGAAGCAUCAGGAAGCUCGCGUACUUUCUCGGGGAAGAGUUCGGCAAACUGCUGGAUAGAGACGAGAACAUUUUCAAGCAGGUCAUGGAGAAGAGCAGUCCAGAGUUCAUGAAAAAGAUCAUGGAGUUCGAGUCGACUGACUCUGCCGACGGGAAGCAGCAGGACGUGAAGGUGUUCAACUUUGUGCGGAAAGCCAAGGUGGGGGACUGGAAGCACUACUUCAACCGGGAGCUCCUGCAGAAGAUGGCCGACAAGAUCGAGGAGAAGACCAAGGGCUCGGACAUUAUGUCCCUCUGGAAGCAUCCCACCGAACGAGACCUAUGAGCGUUUCUUUUUCUCAUUUUUUGCAAUAAAAUCUGAAGGGUGACGAAAUAAUCAGUCCAUUACCUUUAAAUCUUGUUUCCUGGAAAAGAUAGUUGCUCGAAAUCACCUUAGCUCAAUAUCCCGAUAAUUACAACCACCCCAAUCGCAAAGCUUAUGUUUGGUAACGCGCAAUGUUUGUGUGCGCAAUUUAUGAAUUAGCAGACGACAUAUCUGACUUGGCAGUAAAUUACCGAGGAUGCUUAGUUUGUCUAGCUUGAGAAUUACCAGGCGGGGUGGUAGUCACACAAAGCUAUGUGAGAACAUUAUGAAUUAUGAUGUAAAUUCGCACACACUCGCAUAGGUUCGUGGACGAUUUUUUAAUUUUCAUUGAUGGUGACCCUCACGAAUUUAAGAAUAACGCCGACAAUUCCCUGGCUCUUUUUAGAAAUCUCUUUAACUCCCUGGAGCUUACAUGCGAAUUGUCUGAUGAGGGGAGACUUCGUUUCCUGGAUGUUUUGUUUCUCAUCAACAGGGAUCACAUCUGUUGGAUGUACCAACCUCGGGGUAAAAAACCCCUUCUCUUUUUCAGCUCAGCACACUCAAAGCUGGUUAAACGUGCAAUUGUAAACCUUAGCUUGAUCAAUGCGCUCGAACGGACAUGUCCUCAUAAACUCUCAAAAGCGUUAGGACAACAGGUGAAGCGACUGGUAGCCGCAGGCUAUCCUGACCAUGUAAUCGUUGCUGUCGCAGAGAGCAUGCGCAAAAAAUUUCGAGCAUGUAACAAGAAAAAUCAUGAGCCUGAAAAGGGCAAAAAGGAAAAAGUGGCUGUCAUUCCAUAUAUACACAGAACAUCGCAUAACUUGAAAAGAAUCGCGCAAAAAGCAAACAUUAAGGUGGUGUUUUCUGCUCCUGCAAAAUUAAACAGUAUUUGCCGUUUGACGAGGCCAUACGAUUCACUGAACCGGGAAAAAGGGUUGUCAGAAGAAUCACAGAACUAGGUAUGUCGAUUGUAUUGAAAAUGUUGUGUAUCAGAUUCCUCUCACAUGUCGUAGAUAUUAUGUAGGUCAGACGGGUCGUUGUGCUAACGAUAGAAUGAGAGAGCAUGACAACAAUGUAAAACGUGCACAAGAUGGCUGGCUAGCCAUCCACUGUAGGUCGUGCACGUGCUCACCUAUUUUUGAGAAACGUAGUGUUGUCAGUAAACACAGGGAUCGCCUAACACGUGAAGUUGUUGCAGCGUGUAAGAUUGCGCAGUUGGGGGAAAACUGUGUCAGCACCCCGUCAAUCGCAUUAUUGCCCAAGGAAAUGGAGUAUCUACGGAGGCGUUUGACGUAAUCUGUGUCGGUUGUGCUAUUCGCUGCCUAUCUGCGCUAUGUCUAGUAACGCACCAUUAUGCGAGUAGUUCAUGAGUAUUUAUAGGCGAUGAAUUUGGUUUUUCACAAUAAAUUUGUUGAGAGUU